AAAAAAAAAGGAAAAGGGAAAAGGGUUUUUCCUUUUCUUUUUGUUGGGUAAGCCCAACGCCCUUAACCCGUAAGCCUUGAGAGGAAGUAAUCCGCAAUAAUCCAGUUGAGGUCGGUGACAUUUUGGGUAAAUAACAACAUUUGACCUGACACCAAGACCGCCGGCGUUCCAGGCAAAAGGCAGAGCAACUAUUACUGUUCCCAGUUCAACUAAACUUCUUGAAUCUCUGCAUAGUAAUAACUCUUUUGAUCUUUUGUUUCUAAGUUUGAAAAUUUCGGAUCUUGGGUCUCUCGUUCUUCUCAAUGUUGAUGCGAAUCUAUGGUCAGAGGAACAUACUUUUCUCUAAGGUUCUUCUGGGUUGUCGCACAUAUACAAAUGGGGUUUCUGAUCUUAUCUCUGGGUCUGCAUCAUUACGAUUUUUAAGGGGUUUCGACGAGUCUGCAAUGCAUGGAUUUUCUUCAAUGCCGGGUGAUAAUUUAAGGAGUCUGCCUAAGAGUGAUUCCCUGAGGAGUUACCAAGUUGUGGUGGCUGCAACUCGUGAAAUGGGGAUUGGAAAAGAUGGGAAGUUACCAUGGAGAUUACCUUCUGAUCUCAAAUUCUUCAAGGAGCUUACAAUGACAACAUCAGAUCCUGAGAAGAAGAACGCUGUUGUAAUGGGUAGAAAAACCUGGGAGAGUAUUCCACUUGAGUAUAGACCUUUACCUGGUCGCCUAAACGUUGUCCUGACUCGUUCCGAGAGUUCUAAGAUUACAACUGGAGAAAAUGUUGUAAUAUGUGGGAGCAUCUCAUCAGCUUUGCAAUUAUUAGCAGAGGUUCCUUACUGUUUAUCAAUAGAGAAGGUGUUUGUCAUCGGAGGUGGCCAGAUAUUCAGGGAAACACUUAAUGCUCCAGGUUGUGAAGCCAUCCACAUUACUGAAAUUGAUACAAGCAUUGAAUGCGAUACCUUCAUUCCAGCUAUUGAUUUGUCUUGUUUCCGGCGGUGGUACUCAUCCAAGCCAUUAGUAGAAAAUGGUAUCCGGUUUUCUUUUAAAACCUAUGUUCGUGUGGGAACUGCGGCAACUUUGUCUCCUUUAACUAGUGAAGUUAAGUCUUGUGGGGAUUUAAAUUCUAACGAUUUUGAUGUAAAAAACUCUACUUUCUUGCCAAGGAUGAUUCUUGAGAGGCAUGAUGACUAAAUAUACCUGAGACUCAGCAAGAAAUCAUCUCAAGUGGUCUGACCGGAGAGAUCAAAAUUCAGUUGCCCAGAUUUUGAGGAUCAAAAAGCAGAAGAAAGACAUAUAUUCAUUAUUGCAUCUGUGAUGCAUAUCAGAAGCUAGAAAGGAACAUAGGGUUUAGAAUGGUUGUAAAGGGAAAAGAGAUUCACUGCCCUUUUUUUUAAGCAUUGAAAUUUCUUUCUUUGUUUUUCCUGAGGUACUGAUAUAUAUGCACAAUACUUUGUACACAAUUUUGCUGCUAUGAAUUCUGUUACUUUUCAUAUUAGAUACCCCAAUUUGAAUGACAAGACAUUGGUUUGAUGCUGUAAAAUGGUUCUGACAUGAUGGCUUCUAACUUAAGGAAAAUUGCAGGAACUCCCCAGAACUUUGUUCAAUGUUUAAACAUCCCAGCUUUUGCCUAAACUUUGUUCAAUGUUCUAACUUUCCUGCAGCAUCUCAGCUUUUGCUCUGUCAUGUAGGAAUUUGAUAAGGCCUUGAAGAGAAACAUCUUGAUCUUCACUCUUCAUCAGCUCUCCUGCAACUGCAGCUGGUGUUGCCUGAACCUUCUCUAACAACCCCUUGAUUUCCUCAAAAAGUGGAUGAUGUUGAAUUUGCAAAUAAUUAGAAGCAAGUGCCCUGAAACCGCUAAAUGUGCAAUAAGUCAUAUGGAGAUGCAUGUCCAUGCGUCCUGGUCUGAGCAGCACUGGAUCAAGACUGUCCUUGUGAUUGGUUGUGAACACUAUUAUCCGCUCAUCUCCACAACUUGACCACAAUCCAUCAAGAAGUUCAGUAGACCCGAGAGAGUAACCUAAUGUAUGGCAGGUAUGAACCCAGCACCAUCUCCCUAUGCUUCUUAUGGAAACUCAGCUCGAAGUAUUCUUCUUGUCAGAAACUGACUUAUAAUUCAGUGAAGAAAACAGUACCCACUUCAACUUCACACCAUUGUAUACAUCAACCAGUUCUUGAUUCUUAUUGUUAGUCACUUGCAAUCCUGUCUCUUUCUCGGCCUUGUUAGCCUUAACCCUUUGGCUCGACGAUGACAACUUCUCACCCAAGUAAAGGUUAGCGGCAUGGAAGAUCUUGGUUAGCAGUGAGCCCAUCAGACUCUUCAAUGUCAACCGUGAGGUGAGAGGAGAAAGAGGAGGAGAUCUUUCGAAGACGAGAAAAGAAGUGAUCCUUGAUGGAAUCUGGGAUGAAAUCAUUGGCAAUGGUUCGUAGGAGAAUGGCUGAGGCGGUGAGAGAGGCAGCUGAUGAGAGAAUAGCUUCGUACGAAGGCAUUGUCUUGAUGGAAACGCACAUCUCUAUUUCUUUCUAGUAGAGUAUUCUCAGGGUUUUAGGGAGGUUUUCUGAAUUAUACACGGGCUUCGGAACCAGAAUUCUCUCGGCUUUGGAGUCAUGGACCAAGCGUCACACAACUGGCCGCCUUUCCAGGAUAUUGAAAGGAGCCCACAAAAUCAAAGGCCCAUAUAUUGGGUAGCCCAACAAUCGGCCCACAAAGCAUUUACCUUGAAAGCCCUGCCGUGGGUAACUUUACACUCUGAGACCAUGUCAGUAACAUCAAACUUUUUCAAGUAAUUUUUUUAAUCGAAAUUCCUUAAAAUGUAGUUAGACAGUUUCCGGGAUAAAGGACUUUGGUGUCUUAUUCAUAAUUUUAUUUUAUAAAAUUUUCAAUUAAUU